AUGACAAAAGAAAAUCCUGAAUCAUCGCGCCUUGGUCGUAAGCCAGUAUUUUCCCCCGAGAUUGACGCCCAACUAGGAGUACGUGCUUACACUUGCCAACCUGUUUUAUGGUUUGACGCCCACACAACUUCGUCAGCAUUUAGAUAUGCAAAAGAAUAUGAUAUAAAAGAGGAUGUCCCCAGCCCUACAAAAAAUGGACCAAUUGCAGCUCUUUAUGCCAGCUCUAAAAAUGGAUGGAUCAAUUCGGAGCUGUUCGUUGAAUGGUCUAAACAUAUUGAAAAAAACGUUAAUCCCACAGAAAACGAUACUGUUCUGCUAGUUCUAGAUAAUCAUUCCAGUCAUAUAUCCAUAGAAGCUUAUUUAUUCUGUAGAAUCAAAUUUAUCCACAUGGUUUCUUUUCCACCUCAUACUUCUGACCACCUUCAGCCACUGGACUUAACAUUUUUUGGUCCUUUAAACAACCAACUCUCUAUUGAAUAUGAUCUACAGUUUACCAAUACGGGACAUGAAAGAAUUUCAGAAUACGACUUGGCUGAACUUUUAAAUAGAGCAUUUUCAAAAGUAGCUACUAUGAAGAAAGCUAUUUCUGGUUUUAGAAUUGCUGGAAUAUAUCCAUUAAACCCGGAUAAAUUUACCGAGGAAGAUUUUGCUCCUGCAAAUCAAAUAAGACCCCUGAUAAUUGAAGUUUCUAUACCCGAUACUGUGAGCGAUAUUGAGAGACCAUCAACACCCAUUGCUGGGCCUUCUACAUCACGAGAGUCUCCAGUAAAUCAGUAUAAAGCAGAAACAAGUAGUGAAUCUGAUAUUAGCAAUGCCGCCUGCGAUGACGACGACGAAGACGAGUUUGAUCAUUUUGACGAUGCUGAACGUAGAGAUAACCUUAAUGAAGAAUGUGGUAUUUGUGGAAAGUUCGGUCGGGAUCGGGAGCUAUGGUACAGAUGCGUUGGCUGUUCCACAUGGAAUCAUGCAGCAUGUAGUGGUGCUGAUCGAGCUGAAGGUUACCUAUGUGAUUAUUGCCACUGGUAA